AAAGAAGUGGUUGGGUAAAACAGCGAUAGGUCAUCUCCUGUAGCUGGAGUUAUAAUACGACUUUUGUAAAUGUGCCUCGUCGUGUGCAUGUUUAUAUCGACAAGAAGAAAGAUAUUGUUGCUUGUAGAAAGUGAUGACGUAGGCAGGACAUUUUUCUCUAAUGGCUCUCACAGCAAAAUCGCAGAGCAGUGGAGGGAGAAAAUCCCCCGGAGACGGUCUAAAAGGAUUGGAUUAACGUCACUUCUGAUGUACAUGAGACAUUUUGCCAGGCUAUUUUCAGCUAUGGCUGGACCCAGGCCUGUGGUAUUUAGUGGCCCAUCGGGGGCAGGAAAGAGCACCCUGCUGAAGAGGCUUCUGGAAGAAUACAACAGUGUCUUUGGCUUCAGCGUGUCUCAUACAACAAGAAAUCCUCGACCUGGAGAAGAAAAUGGCAGAGACUACCAUUAUGUUACACGGGAAGAGAUGCAGGCAGGCAUCGACAAUGGCGAUUUCAUUGAGAAUGCAGAGUUUUCUGGAAACUUGUACGGGACAAGCAAAGCCGCUGUGCAAGCCGUCCAAGCCAAGAACCUCAUCUGUAUACUUGAUAUUGACAUGCAGGGUGUGAAGAACAUCAAAAGGACAGACCUCAACCCCAUAUACAUUUCAAUCCAGCCACCAUCUAUGGAAGUUCUGGAAAAGCGUUUAAGAGAGAGAAAGACAGAGUCGGAAGAAAGCCUUCAAAAGCGUUUACAUGCAGCCAAGGUGGACAUGGAGUUUAGCAAAGAAGCCGGUGCGUUUGAUGUCAUAAUUGUCAAUAAUAAUUUGGAGGAUGCAUAUGGUAAAUUAAAACAAACUCUUCUUGAGGAAAUUAACAAGGUGAAGAAACUCAGCCUGUCUUCAUAGAGAGCAGCCACAUCCUGGAAACUUUUAACCCCGUUCAGCCACUCCUAACAGAACAACCGACCUCCAUUCCAGUCAUGUACAUUCCCUCAGAUGGUGGUCAGUGAAGCUCAGAGAAAAUACCUUAUUGCGUCAACAAAUCUGAAGGUUUUACACUGUGUAGAAGUAGUUAUUACUGAAGCAAAACUUUUUUUUUUUAACUUGUAAAAAUUGUUUUUAGAUAUUUUUAUUUUGACAUGUAUUAAGAAAAGAUACUCCACUAAUUCUUACUUGAAGCUUGACUGGUAUGGUGUGCUGGAAACUCUGUUGGACAGAGUUCACGGCAGACGGAUGCUCGCUCACCUCCCCCAGAGUAGUACAAAGGGACAGUAAUAUGACUCAUUCCAUCAUGUUGUGGACAAACUGGUUUUUCAAGGGUAUCAAAAAGCACAUUCAUUUAAGGUUCUUGUUUUGUUUUCUAUCUUGCAUGUAUGGUGACGUACGUUAUUCACAGACUGAGAUGUGUUGCUGACUAUGAGUUUAAAACUGAAACUCAGCUUUGGAAAAUCUGUUGGCUCUCAUCUUUUAAGGGGUACAUGCAAAUCAGCUGUACUUUCUAAAUAAUAGUCCUCUGUUAAAUUUAAUGUAACAUAUUAACCAUAUAUUACAUUUCACUUUUGUUAUCUGGAUUUUGUUGUGCACAAGAUUAAAUUCCUCCAUUAAGGUAGAAAAUUUCCUUUGAACAAAACCAUGCAACAUUAACCUCACUUAAAAAUAUGGCUUUUUUUGGAUGUGGGUGGGGAAUAGUAUACAAUUAAACUGUCUACUUUACAGUUCUAUAACUUUUAUAUUGUUUAACAUACUCACUUUGCAGCUUCACCUGUACAGUAAAAUGACAUCCAGUGGACUGCUUCCUUCCAAAAAUCUAUUGCCUAGAAUAAAGCACACAAUAAAUCUAAUUAAUCUAAUAAAAAAAAUAUUAUAUACACAAUUUAUGUGUAAAUUGCCAUAGUUUUCCACAUAAGAUUUUCAGUUUUCUGGAUAUUAAAAUGACUGGAAAUGUCGUAUUCAGACACCUUGUAACAUUCAUUCCUUUGUGCAGAAAUGUGCUGCUGUUGCCAGUUAUUAUUUAAGUUGUCCACUUUAAUAUCGCAGUUGAUAUUACAUGCCUGCAGUCCUCUGAUUUGCUAUUUAUAACUUUACCAGCUCUUAUGAAAUGUGCUUGUGGAAAUCUGUUGUGUAUUUCUCAAGUGCAUUUAAUGUUUAAUAGUAAUGUGUGUGCAUUAAAACUUUAAUAAAAACCUUACAGCACAAGACUA